GCGAAUCUCGAACCGCUAGCGCGGUUAGUCUGAUCGCAGAAUUCGGCGCGAACGGGUUUGUUGUUUGUUGUUGGGUGGAUAAACCGGAGCGCAACGCACCGAGAAAAGGAGUUUUCUCCAGUUACCUACUAACUUGCCGUACAGUAUUCUUAAAACGGUUCUGAGAAAACAGAAAACGGAACAGUGUGAUAUUUGCAGGAGGAUCCAGAAGCGACUGAUUAGAGGUUGAAAUCUAAUAGAAUGGCGCCCCGUAACAAGCAACAGGAACAGGAGGUGCUGGACUGGAUCGCCGCCGUGCUGGGCGAAAAGCUGCCCCCCGGUGCGUACGAGGAUGUCCUCAAGGAUGGCGUCAUCCUGUGCAAGCUAGCCAACAAACUGACUCCUGGUUCGGUGAAAAAAAUCCAGGAACGUGGCACCAACUUCCAGCUGAUGGAGAACGUCCAGCGAUUCCAGGCCGCCAUCAAGAAGUACGGCGUUCCCGAGGAGGAAAUCUUCCAGACGGCGGAUCUGUUCGAGCGUCGUAACAUCCCCCAGGUCACGCUGUGUCUCUACUCGCUGGGCAGAAUUACUCAGAAACAUCCCGAGUACACCGGUCCAGCGUUGGGACCAAAGAUGUCCGAAAAGAACGAGCGUACCUUUACCGAGGAGCAACUGCGAGCUCACGAGGGUGAACUGAACCUCCAGAUGGGUUACAACAAGGGCGCCUCCCAGUCCGGAAUUGGAGCAUUCGGAAACACCCGUCACAUGUGAAGGAGGGCGUAACAACGAAACGAACGACGAUGGAGACGUCAUCUUUAUUAUUAUUCACUCAUCAUUUUUUCUUCUCAUCAAAGAACGAUCGCAAGAUGCGCUUUAACAAGAGCAACAAACAAACAAAAUUGAAAUGUGUCACUUCACAUGACAUCACAUGACCGGUGUGUGAUGUAAUCUGCAUCUCGAAGCUACUAAAAAUAAUCACACACACACACUCGUUGCUAAGCUGCUUGAAGUAACAUUUUCCAGCAAUAAUUAGCGAAAUAUAUUUUUCCAAAACAAGAAAAAAAGUUGAAGAGUUGGAAAAACCUGACUCAUGAGAAUUUAUUGUAGUCAUGGUUAUUUUUAGCCCGAACCACUGUGUUCUUGCUGCAAUUGACGCGGCUUUCAUUUUCAUCCUACCCACGCACAACAGCAGCUCAGAUCCCGUGCCUUGGAGGUAAAAGAAAAGCAAGCGGGUUGUGUUUUUCUUUUCACCCGAUUUUCAAUAUUUCGAGCUGACAAGCGUCUUCUGUGUGUGGGGGAGGUUGCAUGGAAAGUAAAUAAAAUUGUUGUUUGCUGCUGUCGUCUAUCGUCGCAAUUAUGUAACCAAGGCGACGACUCGUGUUUUGCUUUGCUCUCUCAAUCUCGCUGUUUUCGUUAUUUAUUUUAUUUAUUAUUUUUAGAUUGAACAAUAUAAGUAUAUGUGUACUGAAUUGUUAAGAAACGUAAACAA